AUCCCUACUGUCUGCUCUCGAGGUUCACUUUCUCUUUGUAACUUGUACUAAAUCUCACACACUUCUCCCUCCCUCCCCCUCACUCUUUGACUGUCACCAUGGAUAUUGGUGGCCUGACGACAGUGGUGGCCAACUCUGCCUACAUCUCGGCCCGCGGCAGCCUCGACGGCACUGCCAACCCUGCAUCCAACCGGGACAAGAAGUACCACUGUCGCCUCAAGCUGCCUCACAUCACAGUGUGCGAAGGCCUGCGGGAGACCUUAGACCUGGGCUUCCAGACGGUCUGCGUGGAGCAGCCCAUCGGCAAACGUCUCUUCCAGGAGUUCCUCGACGCCAACAAUGAGUACAAAGGCCCCUGCCGCCUGUGGAAGGAUAUCGAGGAGUACAACAUGGCCGAGGAUGAAGAUCGAGUCAAGAAAGCGAGCAAGAUCUUGUCCCGGUACAUGGAGCCUGGUGCCAAGUACUUCUGCCCCUUCCUCCCGGAAAAUGGCAUCACAAAGGUCAAAGAGAAACACCAGGAGCCUGGGGACGAUCUUUUCAGCGAGACCAUGGACAGUGUGAUGGACUUUCUCAAAGAAGUGCCCUACACUUUCUUCCUGGAGAGCAUGUAUCUGAAAAGGUUUCUGCAGUGGAAGUGGUUGGAGAUGCAGCCCAUGGGAGAGGACUGGUUUCUGGAUUUCCGUGUGUUGGGGAAAGGGGGUUUCGGGGAAGUGUCGGCCUGUCAGAUGAAGGCCACGGGGAAACUCUACGCAUGCAAAAAGCUCAACAAGAAGAGGCUGAAGAAGAGAAAAGGCUACGAGGGGGCGAUGGUGGAGAAGAGGAUCCUGGCUCGAGUUCACAGCAGGUUCAUCGUGUCUUUGGCGUACGCCUUCCAGUCGAAAACAGAGCUGUGUCUGGUCAUGACCAUCAUGAACGGAGGAGACCUGAGGUAUCACAUUUAUAACGUGGAUGAGAACAACCCGGGGUUCGACGAGCCGCGGGCCUGUUACUACGCGGCUCAGAUCAUCCAGGGCAUGGAGCACCUCCACCAGAAGAGGAUAGUCUACAGAGACCUCAAACCGGAGAACGUGCUGCUGGAUAACCAAGGUAACGUCCGUAUCUCUGACCUUGGCCUGGCUGUGGAGCUGGCUGAUGAUCAGUUCAAGAUCAAGGGCUACGCUGGGACUCCAGGUUUCAUGGCUCCGGAGCUGCUGAAAGGAGAGGAGUACGACUACUCUGUGGAUUAUUUCACUUUGGGGGUCACUCUGUAUGAAUUCAUGGCGGCCAAAGGACCUUUCAGGAGCCGAGGAGAGAAGGUGGAGAACAAGGUGGUGAAGAAGCGGAUCCUGAAUGACCCCGUAUCGUAUCCAGAGAAGUUCAGUGAGAAGGCCCGGUCCAUCUGCGAGGGUCUGCUCGUCAAAGAGGUCGACAAAAGGCUCGGCUUCAGGAACGGAUCGUGUGACGAGCUCCGGGAACACCCCUUCUUCAGCGAGAUCAACUGGAGGAAACUGAACGCAGGGAUUCUUCCACCGCCUUUCGUGCCAGACUCCAAGACAGUUUAUGCCAAGAACAUUGACGACGUCGGGGCCUUCUCCACAGUUAAGGGCGUGCAGGUGGAAAAUGAAGACAAUGAGUUUUUCGACGAGUUCGCCUCGGGGAACAUCUCCAUCCCCUGGCAGGAGGAGAUGAUCGAGAUGGGGAUCUACGGGGAGCUCACAGUCUGGGGAGCCGACGGAGGUUUACCCAACGACCUGCGGCGGGAGUCCAUCCUGGAGCAGCCGCCCAAGUCCUCCACCUGCACGGUGUCGUAGGCGGCCAGGACUGCGUGGAGGAUUUUAUACAAACUGUUUUCUUAUCAGUCAGUUACACUUUUUUUUUUUUUUAAGCACUUUUUUCAUACAAGAUUUCAGCACAGAUUUGUGGUGUGUUUGAAGGGAAAUGAGUCUUAUUAUUGAUGAUGAUGAUAAAGUGUCUUUUCUACCUGCAGCUUUAAGCCGCUUUAAUAGAUAAAGGGACAUUUACAGAUUUAUCUGCAUCACAGUUCAAUUAUUUCAUUUUUCAACAUCUUCCUUCUCUCUCUUCUCAUGUGUUUAUAUCUCUCAAAUACAUUUUUCUAGAACAAAUGUGUGUGUUUAGGUGACAUGACAGACACACACCUGCGCUGCAUGUGUUUUUGUUUCCACUUUAUGCUUCUCCGAUGUGUUUUGCAGCUACAGAAGUGUAAAUAAGCUUGUAUCCAUUGCUGCACAGAUGUUUAUGAAUUUGAAAUAAAUAUUUUUGCCAUUAAAACCA